GGCCAAAGUGAGGAAGAAGCAAAGCAACAAACAAGACAAGAACAACAAAGACGACGAGCAGCCUUUUCCUCCACGACUUUCCUUUGCGAAGCUUCCCUUUCUGCUGGCGGCGCCCCUUUGCUCUUGAGGCUGUGGUAUGAGCCUAUGUGGCAGGAAGGCGCUGACGUUGCUGAGCAGCGUGUUCGCUGUUUGCGGCCUGGGCCUGUUGGGCAUCGCCGUAAGCACCGACUACUGGCUCUACCUGGAGGAGGGCGUCAUCCUCCCACUUAACCAGAGCACCGAGAUACGCAUGUCUCUCCACUCGGGCCUCUGGAGGGUUUGUUUCCUGGCUGGAGAGGAGAAAGGUCGCUGCUUUACCAUUGAAUAUGUGAUGCCCACUAAAGUCCAGAUGACUUCGGAGUCCACUGUUAGUGUCCUGAAGAUGAUCCGUUCGGCCACACCUUUCCCACUGGUCAGCCUCUUCUUCAUGUUCAUCGGUUUUGUCCUCAGCAACAUUGGCCACAUUCGACCACAUCGCACCAUCCUGGCCUUUGUUUCGGGAAUCUUCUUCAUCCUAUCAGGUCUGUCUCUGGUCGUUGGUCUGGUGUUGUACAUCUCCAACAUCAACGAUGAAAUGUUGAAUAGGACCAAAAGCAACGAGGCCUACUUCAGCUACAAGUAUGGAUGGUCGUUUGCCUUUGCUGCUAUCUCCUUCCUCCUCACUGAGACGGCCGGUGUGAUGUCCGUGUACCUGUUCAUGAAGCGCUACACGGCGGAGGAGAUGUACCGGCCCCGCCAGGGCUUCUACCGUCCUCGCCUCAGCAACUGCUCGGACUACUCGGGCCAGUUCCUCCAUCCGGACGCGUGGGCCGGGCGUGGCCGCAGCCCCUCGUCCAUCUCCUCCGAGGCUUCCCUCCAGAUGAACUCCUCCAACUAUCCUGCCCUCCUCAAGUGUCCUGAGUACGAACAGAUGUCCUCCUCGCCGUGCUGAAGCAAAGAACCACCAGAGGUUAUUACAGCACUGGCAUAGUUCAAAUACUGUGCAAUGUAUACUCCCAAAAUGUAAGCUCCCCGUAUACAAAAUCCUGAAGGUGUCUAGUGGGCUAAGUCGCAGUUGUCGACGACCAUGGAUUUUAUUUACCUGUAGUGUGCAGUGGUAUAGAGCUGCAUGCAACAUAAUGAGAAUGUUGCGCCUCUCAUACAGUUCCAUCAUCAGUAUUCCACAGCAUUUGUCCCCAUUAGGGUCACAGGUGACCUGAGCCUAUCCCAGCUGACUUUAGGCGAGAGGUGAGGUACAUCCUGGACUGGUCGCCAGCCAAUCGCAGGGCACCUAUGAACAAACAACCAUUCACGCUCACAUUCACACCCACGGACAAUUGUGAAUCUAGGUAGAACAUGCGAACUCACGCAGGAAGGCCGUAGCUCAGAUUCGAACCCAGAACCUUAGAACUGUGAGGCAGAUGUGCUAACCAAGCUGUUACCUGUCAUGCAGUCAAAUAACUAAACCACUGUAAUCCCCCACUAUUUGCAGGGGGUAGGGACCGAGCCCUUACGCGAAUAGUGAAGAGGUACAAGUCUUUGGUGCCCCCCAAAGGUCUUUAUAUUUGACUUAAGAGUUGAAACUGUAAAUAUUGAAUAUCACAAACUAUGAUCUUCUUCAAAAAGAGUUUUCAAACUCAUCUGACAACAUUACCCUGAAAAAUCACUGGCUUACAGAUGGUUUGACCUGGAAAAAUGCACCAGAAGUGCGCUUCCCCAUAACGUCCACUAACAACACAGGCUAAACUUCGCUCUUUACCGACGUAUUGUCUCUCGGUGGAGAUGUGUCACUUUGACAUGUUUGACACCGAUUGACUGUACUACUGUGUUAUUUAGGCUGGACUUUGGCUGCAUCUUGUGGCAUCGUAGGAUGUUUCAGAAACAAUGCAAAACUGUGAAUAGGUGAAUUUUUCAGUGAAUAUGUGGCGAUUACUAUUUUAGUAACAGUUGUUAGUAUAAUGAUGCAUUGCACUUGGGUACUACUACAAACUAAAAUCACAAUAAUAAGCAUAUUGUUACAUCAACACAUCGCCGACAGUGUCUAUCAAAUCUGAUCAUGAUUAUCUUUGUCAAAGCAAAACCUCUUUCGAUUAUGGAAGUGUGCCUCAUGUUGCGGCCGACCACGUCGGUCAGCCAGCGUAAGCUCCCACUGCUGAUCUCUAGUUUUUCAAAGAUAUACCUGAAGAAAUGAACUCGGAAAGGGUCAAGAGGCAUUAUGUGUGGUCACGCAGACGUGCACUCAUGUCAACGGGCCAAACGCAAGCUGAACAGUGCACGAUGACCUUCGGCUAACAGCGAGAACUAAUCAUGCUGAUCAUAUUGAUCAGGGACUGAAAGUCAUUUAUGUUUUCCACGUGAAUGUUUUGUUGUUUUUGUCUGGUCCCUUUUCAGAAACUCAUAUUGAAGCCAAAGGAAGAACCUGUGACACAGCAUCCUGCCUCCCUCAUCAGCACCAACUCUUCGAAGCUUAUUAACAGCUAUCUACUGUAUGCGCAUAGUUGAAAUACAGAAAUAUGUUGGUAAUUCAUAAAUUCCUACCAGUAAAAUUCACAUAACAAAUAGCCAGUAUUCCAUUUGUUUAUAUCCUAUAAUCUAUUGUGAAGGGGAAAGAAGAUGGACUGUUCUAAUGGGAAGUGUGAACCAUUAUUUUUGCAACAUGUGAAUGGAAGAAGUCUAAAAGAAAAAUCUGUUGAUGAGAUUUUACAGCAUAAAUUCAAGUCAAAUUGCAAAUAAGAUAUUUUCGUAAUUCACGCCCUUUUGAGGACACAAUAACCCUGGUCGGAAUAUUCCAAACAGAAUUGUGCCAACGAAGAUGUUUGAAAACUGUUGAAUACCAACAUUGCAUGCAGCAUUAGGUGAGUAAACAUAUUACUAAGAAGCAUGUUGUCUAGUGCAAUUAUUUUAUCUGAUUUCACAAUAUUAAUGAUAACUGUUCAUAUUUAAAGUUGCGUUGUGUUAUGUUGUUGUGAACUCAUACAUUAUUAAUGGUAUCCAACAUCUUUUGCAGUACAUUUAAAGUUGUUUAUUCAGUAUUUGUCUCAUUUGUCUCACAGGAUACAUAAACUAAAUAAAUACAAACUAUCCCUCUCAAGCAUUGUUGUAGAUAGAGCCUUGUGAUUAUUCCAAAUGUGUAUGUAAAUAUGCAUUUGUAUAUAGACUCAGUUUUGUAUAGAGAACAAUUGAAAUAUACAUUGAUGGAUGUUCUGUUAUUCAAUAGAAUAAUUUUCAAUAUCUGUGACUGCUGCUUUACCUCUGUGUCACAUUGAGAAUGGGAGAUUUUGCAUACUAAUAUGUAAAUGUUGUGUUCUGAUGGUUGUCACAUUGCAAAUGUGAUUAUUAAUUGUGUAUUUUUACAGUCCAGUUUCAUGUUUCAACCGUCACUGCAUAUUCAGCGAAAU